AGCUAUGUCGAGACUGGGGGCUAAGACCUAUAGCCGGAAGCCUGAAUGCAGGACAAGUGUUCAGUUUGAUCAUUUGUUGUCAGAAAAAGGAAAUAAGCCAUCCACAGCAAAGGUUUCCGUUGCUGGAAUUCACAGAUGGGGAAUGACAUCUUUUACUUCUAUUCGAAAGGCUCGCAUUAAUGGGCAGAAAGAGGUUAAUGAAAGUCUUGAACCAGUGAAACGGAUUAAAAUUGAUCCCAAACCUACAAUUUCUUGUAGAGAAGAUCCUUUUAGUUUUGAAACUGAUAUUGAAAUUCCCGCUUCUAAGGUUUUACAUUCCUCCAGUUCUGUGCAUUGCAGUAGUACAGAUGCAGAAAUAAAGCCGGUGCCACCAAAACCUAAUAAAUUUUUUAAAAGUGGAAGUUCACGGCUUCUUUCAACAGCGUCAAACUCUCCAAAGAACAGUGAUUUUGAUGCUCUGAGACUGUCAACUCCUUCACAUUUUAAUGCAAUGAAGGGCAAUAAAGAUUCUCAUGAAAUUUUUUUAAAUAUGCAUGCAAACUUUAAAAAUGAGUCGUCCCAUUCUUCUGAAGAACAGCAUUCAGUUUUUCUGACUAAUACUUCUCCUAAUAUUGUGGAUUUACGAUAUUGUACAACUUCACCAAAUGCAUGUGCUUCCAGUAUGUAUUCUAACAAACCUAGUGUGCAUUAUAUCAGUCCAUUUAUCCAGCCGAUAGUGUCAGCUGAUGCUUCAUCACGGGCAUUUGAUGCUCUGAGAACUUUGGACCUUUCUAAUAAACCAUCUAACAUUCAUGUGGUCCACCAGUUAGAUUCGUACAAGCCAACAGAUUAUGUUAUGAAAAAAGAAAAUAUUCUCAGCAUUGCUCAGACAGAAACCUCGUUGACAGGCAAUGACAGAAUGAACAUGAAUCACAAUCAAGUUAUUUCCCAUCCUUCAGAGAAAAAUUUGAUUUCAGUAGAAGAGCAUCUUAAUCUGACUGAUCAAUGCCUAUUCAGUGACUCUCAAAAAGAACUGGCUCUUUCAAAUAUUGUGAAUACACAGAUAUCCAGUGAAUGUGAUCCAAAACCACAAAGUGAUUUAGAAUCUGUCUCUCAGUCUCAAUCCAACUCUGCUACUUUUUCUCAAGAAAGUAAUAUUGUAUCUUCACAGUCUUCUGGAAAAUGUGAAGAUUCCAGUGCUGCUGGUAAACAGCAGUCACGUCCCAAAAAGAUAUUCAGUUCUUCUCUGAAGUUCAAAGCUGUGUAUAAUCAUCGACAUUGGCAUUCAAGCAAGAAAGAAACUAAAGGUUCUGAAACACCAAGUAUUUCUUUAGCUGAUGAAUUUGAAGAAGAAACAACUAAGGAAAACUUCAAUGAUGCUUUAGUAGAAGAAAUUGCUAACACCUCCUAUGGAGAGAGCAGGUCUUUCAAAUGUCCAAAGGAGUCUAAACAGUUUUAUACUGUUGUUAAAAAUGUCAAACAAGCGUACCAGUGUCAUGAGUCAGGCGAAACUCAAGAAUUCAACGAUGACAUUGAGUAUUUGUUGGAAUGUGUUCAAGAAUGCAAUGGCAUAGGGACCAGAUGUCUCAGCGUACUGAACCUUGCUGCCAAAUGUAUGGGACCUGCCUUUCGCAUACACCUACGUGCCCAUGGGACUAUGCCUAAAAUAUUUAGUGCCUUAAAAGAUGCUCCAUCUGAUCCUAAUUUGGCUUUGUGUACAGCAACUUUAAUGUUCGUUCUAAGCCAAGAUCGACUUACUAUGGACAUUGAAGCAAGUACUCUAUCAUUAAUGCUGCAGUUACUGGAGACAGACCCUGAAAUGUUAAAUCCUGAAAAAGAAAUUGAUUUAAUUCUAAAGGAUCCUGCUUUAUGUGCUAUGCAGGAUAAGCAUAGGGAGAAGGUGUAUCAAUUAUGUGAAGAAAUGCAGCAGAAAGGACAUGCCAAACAUUUGAAACUUGAUAAUAUAAAUACGGGUAUAUUAGCUAUGGAGACUUUAUUAAGUCUAACGUCAAGAAAAGCUGGCGAAUGGUUUAAAGAAGAAAUGCGCACACUUCAUGGAUUAGAUAGAAUUGCUGAUACAGUUACAUCUUGCGUUGCUUUACUGGUACCUGAAGAAAAUGAAAUUAUAUUUCAUCCUACAGAAGUGCAGUUAGACAGAAUUCGAAAGAUAGACAGAUGUUUAAGAGUUUUGGAAAAUGUAACACAUAUGAACUCUGAAAAUCAAGAAUAUGUGAUGAACUACAAGGGUUCAUCUUUAAUUGUAUCCUGUCUAAGUUUAAUGAAACUAUGCAAAUCCCACCUUCUCGAACAAAAACCUGUAGAUAUUGACAAAACAACAGAUGAAGUGACUGAGAAAUCUACUAAAAGUGAAUCUCCGAUUUUGUCUUGUCUUUUGAACUUGUUGAAAAUUCUUAGCAAUGUAACAUACAGAAUGCCAUUAGACGAUUCUCAGUUUUCUUCUGGAGAAAGCUUAAUAGAUCAUGUACUUAUUUGUAUUUUACAAGUACCCAGAGCUGUACCACUUGAAAAGCGAUUUGAUCUCCUUGUUUUAUCUUUGGGGCUUAUGAUCAAUUUGCUUGAGUAUUGUGAUGAAAACAGUGUUAAAUUUAUGGAAAUGUAUGCACUUGGUUCGUUUGAUACUGUCAAUGAUGGCUAUGAGAUGUUGGCAUCUGAGGCUCUUGUUGAGUUGAUGCUUUCAAGGCUGGAUGCUGCCAGAGUGUCAGAAGAACAGGCAGAUGAACUUCUAAGUACACAGGAAGAAAAACAUGCAGCAUCAAUUGAAAAGAAAGAUGUUGAAACUGCUGCAGAUGAUUUAGAGGAAACAUUAAUGAAAACUCUUCAGAAAGCUGGGAAACAUAUGGAGCAUAGCAUCAUUGCUGCAUACAUAGCUAUUUUACUUGGAUGUGUAGCACAGAAAAAUCCAGAAUUUAUUGAUGUACUAAAAGAUCAUGUACCUGAUGGGAAAUUUGAUGUGAUGGUAGAUGUUUUAAAAAAGUUUAAGAGCUUUGUCACAUUAACUGGUUCAGUUGGAAGUAGAGAACUGGUAUCCAUCCAAAGGGUGAUUCAUGUUCUGGAAUCCAGCUAACAACACAGAAAAUAAUUUUUAUGUCUUUAUCUCUGGUCACACCCCUGAAAGGACGUCACUCAUGUAGUAUUUCUAUGCUUUUUAUAAACUUUGAUCAGAUUUUAAACAUCAGGUCAUUACUUUGAAAUGAGCAUUAACUGAAUACCCACUCAUCUUUACCAACUUUUGCAUCAGCAAGGUUAUAGUAAUGUGCCCAUUUCUUCAGAGUGAAAGAAACUUAAUGAUAAAAUCACUAUUCUUCUUUUGGAACUUUGACCAAUAUUGUAGUUGCAGUUGAAGUCAUGUUGAGAGGUGUGAAAUAUUUAUUGAUUUCUUCACUUCCAAUGCAAUUCAUAUUUUUUUAAUACAUUUGUGGUUGUAAAUCGUCUUAAUUUUUCAGAAGCUUGUAUCAUACAAUCUGGCUCGAUCAAGACGACCUGUUUCAAGAGCAGUGUGACCUUAAGCCUUUGUGAAUAAAAUUCUCAUGAGAUUAGACUAAUGUAAAAAAAUCUGUUCUGUCCGUUCUCAUUGUACAUGAGCAUAUUUGUAUAGAAACCAGAUUAAUGUAAAAUAUGCUGGAGGAUAUUAUGUGCCAGCAUUCAUGUGAAGACUGUGCCUAAGCAAAACUUCAGUAACUGAAGUUGGAUUUAGUUUUGUUAAGAUUGUGAAUAACUUGAAGCUGUCCCUAUUUGUUAAUCACAAAGUAAUACCUGCUAGGGCAGAUAAUCUACCUGUCUAUAGGAACUGUUGCACUUUCAUAUAUAUUCCAUUUUUAAUGCUAUCAUUUUUUGAACUAUGCACAUCACCCUUUUAGUUUAAUUGACAAUUUUAUUUAAAGUACAAUGGCAUUUAAAUGCAAAGUUCAAAUGCCAAUCACUUUUCUCUCGUGUGUACGUGUAUAUGUAUGUGUUUUUGAUGAAAUAAAAGAAAGGGGUUUUCACUGCUGUAAUCCAAAGAUAUGCUUUCAUUCAUUUGUACAAAAUACUAUAUUCAUUUAUCUAUCAUGAAAUUUUAUAUUGUGUUAAAACUGUUGACUUGUGAUAUUCAGUUGUAGAAUUAUUAUGUAUUAUCCUAGAAUUAGUCUCAAGAAAAAUUUUACAUGCUUAGAGAUUCUUUGUAUCAUGUUUGAGUUAAAGUAUAUAUGAAUAAUCUGUGACUUGCUCACUGUCAGAAAAUUGUUAAAAUUGUUACAAAUCUAUCAAUUCAUAUUGAAGUUAUGAUCAGUUAAUAUCCUUAGUAAUUUUUACGUGCUUCCUUUCUAAUUAUUGAGGAAGCUCUAAAUUAUUUAAUUUAAUUUUUUGAUAUUUUGUUGUUUUAGUUCAACUAUCACCUUUCAAAUAGUGUUUUUAAUUAAAUGAUAGUAACCAUUUUAUAAUAUUUUUUCAUUGAUCUGUUGUCUUUUUAAAGAAUUUAAAAAAAGAAAUCUUUUUUACAAUUAAUUUCUUUUUUGAAAUUUUUUGAUAUGAUGUUGGAGUAAUGAAAUGUAAUAUUGAAGUAUCAUAUUUACUUGUAUAUUUUUCCUCCUAAAAAGUGCAAGGUUCUGAAAAUUUUUCAAAUAUUCACAUAAUUUCCCCCUUCUUCAAGGCAUUUAUGAAGCAAGAUUCCCUAGAUAUGAAAAGGAUUUGUCCAUGUAGUGGUUAUUUUUGUCUUAUUAAUAAAAGCAAACCCCACAAACUACCUGCAGAGGUCUUGCCAAACCUUCCCCUUUCAACUCGCUAACAUUGGUUACCUAUUAGAAAUCUGGAUAUGAAAGAGUUGAUUGAAAUUGUGUGAACUUAUUGGCCAUCAACUAUAUGAGGGUUUUUCUAAUACUUAAAAAGCCACUGCUGCUGUGGGAUAGUAUCUGCAGGCAUCUCAUGGAAUGUGUUAAAAAAAUAACAGAACAAACACAGUUCCUGUCAUCAUUCCAAGAGGAUUUGCUUCACUUCUGCAAACAAUAGAGAUUGGUGAAUAAACCAUUUAAAGACUGUCUCUAAAAGUUUUAUAACAAGUAAAUUUUGCAGGAUCACAUAAUUUUAUUAGAAUUGGAAAAAUCCAGAGACUUUUCAUUGAAAUCAUUUAAUUAUGGAUAUUGAGUGCUCUGAUUCAUGAAGCAGUACUAGUGAAGAGCUUUAAGAAAAUGGAGAUAUACAAUGCUAUCAAGGGGAUGAUUAUUUUAAAGAUCAUUGCAUAUGAGAAGAUCUGAAUGGGUUACUAAGAUGAUGAAAACGAUCAUAAUGAAGCUAUAGCAAAACAACACAGACAAUAGUUCUAAGAAUGAUAACUGAAUGAUUUGAGGCUAAAAGCAGCAGUGGACAACAAUAAAAGCGAGUAAGAUUCUAGAUACAGAGAACUGGAAUGAAGAUAGCUUAUUAGGUAGUGUAAUGUUGGUAUUAGUAUAUAUUCUUAUUGGAAUAUAGGUUUCUUUUUUGUGAAUAAUAAUGUGAUAGUUACCAGUAGUUUAUUUUUGAAUACUUUUAAUUUAUUAUGUUCUUGCAAUAACCCUGCCUAUCAGAAAAUAAAUUAUUCUCGAUUUUAAUACGAUAAAAUUACUAAAAAAGGGAGGAAAGGUAUGUGAGUAAAUACUGUAUAAAAUGGGGGUAAUAAACUGUAAUAUGGAAAAAUAUACUAUAUCCGGUUGCCAUCUGCAUAUCUGAACUGUAAUUGAAUGUUGCUGUCAUAUAUUUCCCUUAGUGAUCUGUUGGUAAAAAUCAAACAACGUUUGGUAUUUAUGACAAAAAUGAGAAAGUUCAGUACAUUUUAAGAGGAAGUAAUGUAGUCUCUGUUUUGUAGGAAUAAUUUCUUUUCUGUUGUCCUUGAAAAUGCCUUGAGCUUUCUAAUUAAAAAAUCAAGAUCAAAUAAUAUGUUCAGAUUGGACUGCUUCUUUUGCAGUUCACUAACUAAUAUUAUAAAUGUAAUUUAACCAGUUACAAAAUUUAAAAUACCUAAAUCAUAAAUUUGGAGUUAAUGUAAUAAAUAAGUAUGAAAUUUUAUUAUAUAUUUGCAGUACUGUUAAAAAUCAUGAUAGUAUAUUAAUUUUAACUAAGCAUCUUAUUGUAGUAUUUGCAAUUUUUUAGUAAAUUCUGUGUAUUUCAUUUUUUUUUUCUUUUAAUCAUACUUUCAUACUAUUUUUUAUUUAUUAUGUGUGCAUAUUUUGAUUUCCUAAUUUUUAUGUGUUGUACAGUGGUUUUUCAACUGGCAUUUAUGGAGCAUAGUUUUUUUAAACAUUUUAUACUAAUUAUAUAGCCUUCUAAUGCAUAUGAUAAAAAAUUUGCAAAAUUUCAUUUAUUUUUAUAUGUUUGUGCUUUAAAUAACUAAUUUUUUAACUUAAAUAAUCUGGAUUAUGAAUUUUAAAAUGUUUUAAUAAUGUAAGUAGAUAUUUUUAUAUGGUAUAACUGUAUAAAAUUGCAUUUGAAAUUAUUAAAAUGUAAUUAUUGCCUUCUUGUAUUAGUAGAUUUUGUAAAGCAUUUUGUACAUUCAUUCAGUUGUUAGUCAUUUUAAUCAUUAAUGGUUAACAAAUUGGAUACUUAUUGAUAUACAUAAUCACCUCCUCUGCAUAUGCAAUAUAAAAUGCCUUAUAUAUUUUAAAUAUUUAGUUCAUAAAUUACCUGUGUGCUCCUAAUGAGAAUGAGCCAUAAUAUUCAGAACUCAUUUUACAAAGCUGUAGGCUCUCCAAAACCUGUUACGAAAUUAACUUCUAAUUUUUUCACUGUAAUAGAUGUCACUGAUGAUUUUAUGUAAAAAUAUUUCAUAUAAAUUAUUUCAUGAAAUAACUUUAUAAUUCAGUGUUUUUUAUUGAAAGCUAAGAGGAAUUAAGUUAAUUUUCCAGUCUCCUAUGUAAUAAUGUAUUUCAUUUUACAUUACGUGCAACACAUCAUUUCUGAGGUUAGGUUAUUUGAAAGUCGUAAACGUAUAGCAGCUGUCUGCCUAAGGGAAGGGAUAUCUUUGUACAGCACUUUCUAAGUGAAACUGGCUCUCAUUCCUGUUACAUUUAGAGGAAAAAUACAACCAUGCAACCAACCCAUUUGCCUGAAAUCAUACUCCCAGUAUUCAGUGGUCAUAACCACUCUACUGGUGGGGGCCUCGUAACAUUGUUAAAUAGAGCAUCCCAAAUCCUCAGAUUACAGUAUUGAAUAGAAAUGAGCUGUUUAAUGGGAUCAUAUCUUGCUCGCUGAAAUAAAUUGGUUCACUUUGUUUUUGUGACUGACCAAUCACUAACAGUAACCUUGAUGAAAAUAAUCAAGAAUGGUUAGUGAGGAUAGAGUGAAGAGAAGAAAGAUCGAAUGAGCAAUGGGGUUGAGGCCAGUUAGUGAGGUUGGAAUGAAGAGCCAAAAGAAUAGAACAAGCUGCAAGAUUGGAAAUUUGACUCGAUCAAACACUGAUUUUCUUAACUGGUUUCUUAGAGCUGUAGUUUUGAGAUUCCUGAAAACUCCCUUUCUGCACAGAACUAAUAAUAAAAUUCUAGAAUAAAAAUUUUGAAAAAGUUGAAUAAACUCAUUUUUAACAUGGGAAAAUAAAUAUUCUUUUCUCUUCUAAAAUGGGAAACUGGUACACUUUCAAUUUAUUUAGUUCUUUUCAUUCACUUGCUCAGUAAAAUAAAUCAGUUCAUGAACUAACAGCAGAUCUCUAUUUCUAGCUUGCUUUUAACAAGAGCUGUCAAUAAGCUACAACUUUUUAUUUUCUGGAAUCGGGUCCAUAAUGGAAUCGUCCAACUCUAGACUGGAUCAUAAAUACAAAUACAUUUGUAUGAAUUACAAUAAUAUUUAAUUGCUUUUGAAGUGCUUUGAUUUGGAAGCAUAAUUUCUCUUUUCCACCCCUUGAAACUGUACCUGAUAAAACAAUUGCAUUUUUUCUUUGCCAUAUUAUAUCUUCAAAUUUAGUCUAAAAUAUUGAAUCUUUUAUUUGUCCAAGAGAGAACACUGUGUGCUAUAAUGUAUAAUGCAAUGUAUAGACACUUUAUUUAAUGUUGGGUAUAUCUUAUCACACAAUUUAUCAGUUAUAUUUUGUCACAUUUCUAUGUGUUAACAAAUAGUGUUUAGUGUUAUCAAUGACUCAUGCUGAGACCCAUGAUUUGAAGGGUUAAUACUACGUAUUCUGUUAUGCACUUAUUUUUAGUACCAUCCUUUAUGGUUAAGAUAUAAAAGCUUUAAUUUGCAGGGUCUUUUAUGUUUCUCUAUUCAAUUAAAUUUUUUUAUGUGUAACUAAAAUAUUAUGGAAAAGAAGUUUAAUUGUAGUUUAAGAAUAAUUUCUUGUUAUUAAUACACUACAGAAUUUUCACGAGAUUUCCUGAGGUAAUAUGUUGCUUGAAAAGCAUUUAUCCACUGUGUAAUCUCCGAUUUCUUACGUGUGUUUGUAGAGUCAUUAGGUUAAUUGGAAGCAGAAAAAAUGAAAAAUACGCUAAUGCCUUCGCCGGGAAUCGAACCACGGACCUCUGGAAUACCAGCCCAGCAUGCUACCAUUACACCACGAAGGCACGCGAGAGAAGUGGGAGAAAUACUUUAUAUACUCCCCUUUUUAAAGGGUGACUAAGGUUUUAGGGGUCCUAGUCGCGAAAUCCUGGAUGCGGAGAAUCAUCAUCCACAACCCUUUUUAGUUCGGGUGCCACUUGUAGAGUCAUUAGGUUAAUUGGAAGCAGAAUAGAUGAUAGAUAUGCAACUGCCUUCGCUGGGAAUCGAACCACGGACCUCUGCAAUACCGGCCCAGCGUGCUACCGUUACACCACGAAGGCACGCUAGGGAAGUGGGAGAAAUACCUUAUAUGUUCAUCUUAUGAUCUCAUUUUAGGUCUAACAUUUUUUUUUUUUCUUUUUUAACAUCAGUGUGACAUAAAUUAUUUCUUUAGUAUUUUUCUUUCGUAAUUAGAGUAAUAAAUAAUACUAAAAAUGUAUAAAAUUUUGAUACAAUUUAUUAAACAUUAAUAGCACUAAAUUUAAUGCUAAAAAAUGCAAUAUCAUUCAUAAACUUCGUGAAACACAGAACAUCUAGAGCACAAAUGGUGAGUAAUCUCAAAACGAGAUAUUUGUAUUUUACUUUUUCAAAGUUAGAGGAAGUUUUUUCUCUCAAACUGUAUUCUAUCAAUUCUUUUAGCAUUUAAUUAAAAAAAAAAAUUUCAUCCAUCCUUUAAAACAAACCAUUUAAAUUUAACAUUGUUGUGAUAUAUAAACAUUGAUGAAAAAUUUGCAUUUCCUGACAUUUUCAUAAGAAUGUUACCGAAGAAGAAAAAAAGUGUACUUAUAGAUGAGAAACUUGGAUAUCAUAUAAAGUUGGAAAGAGUAUGAAGCCAUGAACACGACUGACAAAAAUAUAAUGACGUUUCACAGUGAUAGUUUUGAAAUAAAUAUAGGGUGAUUCUUUAGUUACUAAACAAAAUGCUGUUAUUCAGUAAGUUAUGAAAUGUAUAUGUACAAAAUCCGUGUCAAAGGAAUGUGAGACAUUGGAAGAAGAUAAGGGAAAGCCAUGAUGUUAUUACAAAAAAAGACACUGUUGGAGCCAUCUCAUGCAUGCAUAUUCGCACUAAAAAAUGGAAAAAGAAUGCCAUAAAGUGUCAUGGUUGGCUGUGUCUAGAGAGUUGUGUUUAAUAUAUCCAGCAUCUUUAGUACUAAUGUGUUUCUCAUUACGUAAGAUACGUAUGUUUAAUAUUUAAUGAAUAAUUUCUUGGGUCUAGUACCAAAAAAAAUCACCCUAUAUAAUUCAUAACUACAUUUAUAGCUACUAAGUUUCCAUGUGUUUUAAAUGGCAUUAAAACUUUUUUUUUCCUUUUAGAAAUAAUUGGUUUACUGAUAAAUUUUAAUUAUAUCUUAAAUUUCAAUGUAUGUAUCAAAAAUCUAAUCUGAAUUUUUAUAUAUUGUUGCUUUUUUAUUCUGUGCCUGAAUAUAAGAUUAGAAAUCUGCAUUCCAAAGUUUUGGUGCUAAACUUUAUUAGUAAGUAAAACCAUGUAUUUGUUUACUGAAUUCAUUCAUCAAGAAAUCUGAAAUUAAUCCAAAAUGAUUAUAAAAGCUAAAGAUGCAUUAUUAAGUGAAUAUUUUUUUUAACCAAUGUUAACAUGAGGUGUAAACAGUUUAUUUGCAAAAUGAGAAUAUUACUAAGCAAUGAUGUAAAAUAGUUUUUUUGAUACAUGAAAGUUAUUGUGAAACAUACUGUAAAUGGCUUCAUGUAUGUUAUCUAUAUUUUUUCAAUAAAACAGCGAAACUCCAGUUAUUUAAUAAAUUUUAUUUCCUAUAUUUUUGUGAAUUAUAAAAGACAGUAAUUAAAAAAAUAAAUUCAGUCUGUUAAUUGUGGUAUGAAUACUGAGAUAAAAUGCAAUUUCAUAAGAAAAUAUAAAAUGCCAGUUGGUAAUUAAUGGAAUUCUUUGUGACUGCGCUUUUUUUAUAUGUGAUAUAGUGCAAAUAUAUUAUGAUAUGUAAUUCUUAGCAAAUAUUUAUUUAGUUUUCAUCACAUUUUUCUCAUUAUUAAAUUACAAAAGAUAAUUUAAUAUUGCUGAGACUUUAUAUGUGUGUUUAAUUUCUUUAUGUCCAUCACUUUUGUAAUAUGUUUUCCUGGAUAUUUUGUUUAAUGCAAAUUUAUGUAUUUCUUAUUUUCUAUUUAAGUGUGGAGAGAUAUGAAGUAUUAUAAUGGAUAAUGCAAAUUUGAAUGGUAGAAUAAUACAAAAUGAAUGUUCAUAAUUUAUGUACAAAAUGCAGAUUUUCCCCUUCCGAUUUGUGAAGGAUAUGAUUGAAUUUGAUUUUACUUUUGUUAGAGAUUGCUCAUUUUUGUCCAUGUUAUGACUGGACAAAUUUAUCCAGUCUGCAGAGUUAUUUAUCCAGCAUAGUGUGUAUAUAUUUAUUCAUUGGAUGAGUUUGAAUGUUGUAUAUUUGCAUGAAAAGUUAAUACAGCAUAUUAUGACCCCAUAAAAUGUGAAAAAAAAUGUGAUUUAUAGAAAGUUUUUAUUUUAAGAGUAUUGUUUUGAUAUGGUAAUGAAACAAGAAAAAUAUUGCUAACACUGUUUUUAUAAAUUGAAUGAAAAUUCAGUAUAACCAUUCUUUUACUUUUUUAGCAUUAUGCAGAUGUACCCUAGAUAUUUUAGUAUCCUUGCCAAUUUUUUUUAUUUUAUUCAAAAUUAGCAGUGUAUGAAAUUUUAAAUAAAGUUAAUAUUUAUAAAAAUAA